UCCUAGCCUCGAAAACUUGUUUGUUUAUUUUUUUCGUUUUUGGAAAUUUAUCAUAAUUUCCUUACAAAUUGAUAUUAAUCAUGUCAGAGCAAUUGAUUAAUGAAAAAUUAGAAAUAGACACAUCUACGUACAAGUUUCUACCUUUCCAAUAUAGUGAUUGUGCCAUAUCAAGGCUUAAAUUCAAAGAUGUAACCUACUCUUAUUUUUAUGAAAAUUUUAUGUUAAAAAAUAUUCCAUGUUUAAUAUCUAAUACCAGUGAUUUGUGGGAAUGCUCUAAAACAUGGGUCCGCAACGAUAAUACCAUCAACUUAGAAUAUAUCAAUAAUGAAUAUGGGCACCUUACUGUACCAGUUGCAGACUGCAACUCCACAGAAUUUAAUUCUCAGUGCAAACAAAAUAUGACAGUGAAUGAAUAUGUUACAUACAUGAAGAAUGAUAAAAAUAAACUAUUAUAUUUAAAAGAUUGGCAUUUAAAACGAACAAGGCCAGAUCACAACUUUUAUGAAGUCCCUCAGAUGUUUGCCUCAGAUUGGUUAAAUGAAUAUUCUCUGGAUAGAAAUGAGGAUGAUUUUAUGUUUGUCUACAUUGGUCCUAAAGACUCCUGGACACCUCUUCAUGUAGAUGUUUACUCAUCAUACAGCUGGUCGGUUAAUGUUGUUGGCAGAAAGAAAUGGAUCCUAUUCCCACCUGGAGAGGAAAACAAAUUGAAAGAUUCCUUAGGGAAUUUACCACUAUUAUUUGAUAGCAAUACAUAUAAAGAUGUAUGCUAUUAUGAAGUGAUUCAAGAGAAAGGUGAUGCCAUAUUUGUUCCCACAGGCUGGCACCAUCAAGUGGUUAAUGUUAUUGAUACAAUAUCUGUUAAUCACAAUUGGAUCAAUGCAUGUAAUAUUCAGGCAGUCUGGUAUGCCUUGCAGGAUUGUUUGAAAUCUGUAGAACAUGAAAUAGAAGAAUUCAAAGAUACACCUGAGUUUCCAUCACAAUGCCAAACAAUUUUAAAGUCAUUGUUUGGUAUGGAUUAUGAGUCUUUCAUACUGUUUUUAAAUCAUAUAGCAAACAAAAGACUAUCCCAAUUUAAGGGUGAGACAUUUUUAAUCUUUCAAAAAUAUAUUUUGGGUAAAAAUCUUAUAGCCUUUGACUUAAAAAUGAUAAAUAAUGUAAUGGAGGAUAUAAUGAGGAACCCACAUUUUUUUGAAACAUAUUUACUGUCACCAUUAAAACACGAUUUUAUUAAUAUAAAAAAAUCUAUAAAUGAAGUAAUAAAUUAA